AGCCAGCUCAAACCCCACAGAACUCAAGGCUGACCAAACCCUCUUUGUGCAUCUUCCCCCUUGUUAUCACUUAUCAUUUCAAGUGUGAUUUCCGCAGAAUAAUAUAUGUAGAAUGAUGAGAUUGACAUUAUGGAUUUAUUUAUUAAAGAAUAAAUGUAUACAACAAUCUCUAUGGAAUCCCCGACCCCGAUCUUACAAGAAAUCACAAAGGGACAAAGGUCAAGAUUCGCCUACUUUUCUGGGAAUUAUGAACCAUUUUCUUGUAAUAUCAGGUAACCUCUGCAAAUAUUAAACCAAAAGUGAAAUCCUUCAAAAAAAUCAAAUACCAAGAUGAUGCAUAAUGUGGAGAUUAUAUACAUUUUUAAAUCAAACCAUAAUGUCAAUAAGAUAACGAUUCCAUCUUAUUUCCGCCGAAUCACUGCAAAAGUGCAAACGCAAACAAGAGAGGUCAGUUGGUCACGUAGAAUAAAGACAAAAAAAAUCUAAUUCAUACAGUGAACGUGUAAAUUUGGUCACCACAUAAUCCUUUAUGGAAAGCGGUGAACAUGUCAAACGAUGGUGCAGAAAUUGGAGGAAGCAAUUCAUCUGAACAAAACCGGGAUGCCUUGACAGAUAGUAGUGAGCUGAGAGACACAAUAUUCGACCUUAUUAAGACUAUAAAAGAUCCAGAAAAACCAAACACACUGGAAGAACUGAAUGUGGUGUAUGAAGAUGGAAUUAUAGUUAAAGAGCCAACAUCAUUAAAUAUCAACGUAGUGAGGGUGGAGUUCAAUCCAACAAUUCCACAUUGCUCUCUAGCAACACUAAUAGGCCUUUGUAUAAGAAUAAAACUAGAAAGAUGUCUACCCUAUCCAGUGAAGCUCGAUAUAUUUAUAAAGGCUGGUGCACACACAACUGAGCAGGAAAUUAAUAAACAAAUUAAUGAUAAGGAGAGGAUAGCUGCAGCUAUGGAAAAUCCCAGUUUGAAAGAAAUGGUAGAAAACUGCAUUGUUGAGAAAGACUGAUGGAGCGAUCAGUAAUAUUAAUUUUACCUGUAAUUGUACAUGUAUAUUAACUAGGUACCUUGAAAUAUAAUUGAUAUAUAAUCUCUAUCUGUAUCUAUAAACUCAAUGAUCUUGAGGUUGCGGUCACACUGCAAUCGGUCCAGAAGGAAGGUUUGUUCUUUGCUCAUGUCAAGCUGCCUGCUUAAUUUAUUUUUACAUUGUAGCUGCUACUUUCAAGAUUCUUGAAGUUGUAUCUUAGCUAGUUGACCAAGACUACCCCUCAUUCUCUAUAAACUUAAGCAUAUAGCAUACUCGUACAUAGUACACAGAGUGUUGUCAUUUGUAGAAUACAUAUCCUUAAAAUGAAAUUCAAUGGGUCAUACUGUAGAUUUGACUUGAACUUCAAUAUUCCCAGUGAAUUUGGAAGAAAGAAUAUGUUUGUGGAAUCGUAAAUGGAGCAUUUGAAAAUACAAGCAAUAUUUCUGAUACGGUCCUGUAUUGUGUUUAUCCACAAACUUGACAAAGAAGAGGUGGCGUGGCGUUCAAUAGGUUUUUAGUUUUGUUUGUUCUUGCUCAAAAAAGUGACACUCCAGACCAUCGACUCAAAAGGAGACAUCUCUCUACCGAUUCAUCUUUUGAAUGUUCAAAUCAACGGUUCAAAUUCAAUAAGCUCAUUUCUAUGGCAUCACUUUCAUUUAAUUACACAAGGAUUGCGUAUCUACAUACGUUCUUGCUCUAUGACUCGGCAAAAAUGACAACAGAACGCACGUGCGCUUUGUGACGAGCACUGUCAAAAUACAAGGUCACAAGCGUCAAAAAUUUUCCUGCUAUCCUGCGACGAAAAUUUGGAAACAAAAACGGAUUUUCCGAUUCAGAUGAAUAUAGCAUACCGCGAGGCAUGGUUCAAAUAUAAACUGGAAAUGUGCGCAUCGCAUGAUCUAAAGUCUCGGAUAUAUUACGCCGCAAAAGAUGGCAUGUCUUUAGCCCUUUAUACCCUUCUGAAUAGUUUGCCCAAGAGUGAGGCCUAUAUGUUUCUCAACCAGAAAUAUUUGGAGGAAGAUGGACAAGAAUAUACACCGCUCAUCGUUGCCGCAAGAUAUGGACACGAACAAGUUGUCAAAGUACUACUUUCUUGUGAUCCUGAUCUGGAAGUAGAGGGUACCGUCAAGUUUGAUGGUUAUAUCAUUGAAGGUGCCAGCGCCCUGUGGGUGGCAGCUUGUGCGGGUCACUUGAAUAUUGUCAAGCUGUUGAUAAAACAUAGGGCAGAUGUGAAUCAUGCAACAAAAACUAAUUCAACUCCUUUGAGGGCUGCUUGUUUUGAUGGAAGACUGGAUAUUGUGAGAUAUUUAACAAAGCAUAAGGCUGAUAUUCACAUAGCAAAUAAGUAUAAUAAUACAUGUCUAAUGAUUGCUUCAUACAAAGGACAUUUAGAUGUAGUUUCUUUUCUAUUGGAGACUGGUGCUGACCCCAAUGAAAAAGCUUUAUGUGGUGCAACAGCUAUGCACUUUGCUGCAGAAUGUGGAUAUGUGGAUAUAGUUAAGGAAUUAUUAAAAUACAAUGCCAAAUUUUCUGCCGACGAUGCAGGAAUGACACCCAUAAUGACUGCUGCAGAGCGAAGCAGGGGAUUUAUCAUAGAUUAUCUAAUUGAGAGACCUGAAAUAUCUAUAGAAGAGAGAAUUGAAGCUUUAGAAUUACUUGGCGCCUCAUAUGCGAACGAUAAAGAAAAUUAUGAUUUGUCAAAGGCCUACAUGUAUAUGCAUAAAUCUAUGGAGCUAAGGUAUAGUGAUCCAGAUAAUCCUAUUAAGAAAAAACUGAUUCAGCCCAUACCAGCAUAUGAGAAUUGGGUAGAGUGCCAGACAUUAUCAGAAUUAGAAGCUAUCAAACGUAACAGUAACGGCCUUCAUAUGGAAGCACUCACUAUCAGAGAGCGUGUCCUAGGAUCCUCAAAUCCUGAAGUUCCUCAACCUAUUAUCUACAGGGGAGCGAUUUUUGCAGAUAAUGCUAGAUUCGAUAGGUGUUUAGAACUGUGGCUUCAUGCAUUGAAACUGAGGCAGAAGAAUUAUGUAUCAGUAUCAAAAGAUCUUCUACGGUUUGCACAAGUCUUCUCCCAAAUGUUGCAUAUUGGCACCAAGGUAUCCCAUAGCCAUGUGAUAGAGGUACUAGCUGGAGCAAUUCUGGAGUUAGAGAGGAACAAAUCAAAACUGACUAAGCCUGGAUCAAAGGACGACCCAGAAACAGUAAUGGUAAUAUGCUCAUUUAUCCAGGCAUUGGAUGACAUAGAGAGCAACUUGAUAUCCACCCUGUAUCUGUUAACUAUUCUCACAAGGCUGUUGAAGCAGUGUUCAGAAGAAGAAAAGUUCAACAUUGGUAGAAUGGUGUUCACACUGAAUCAACUGCAAGUGACACUUAGAGAUGGUCAGUCUCUGCUUCACCUGGCUUGCAAUGCUGAAACGCCGGUUGAUGAAUUCCACACCAAUGAUGUCUGCAAGUUUCCAUGCGCGGAUACGACCAAACUGCUGAUCAAGUGUGGCGCUGACGUGAAUGCCAUGGACGGUGAGCGCAACACGCCUCUUCACGUGAUCGUCAACUAUCACAAGGCCAUCUCCGAUUUCAUGACGCUUUACACGAUCAUCACUGCGUUGACGGACGGCGGCGCUCAUUUGGAUUGCGUCAACGAGCGGGGGGAGACGCCGCUGGACGCGUCGGCGACAGGUAGUGUAGCAGAGAUAAUUCUGAAAACCCAAAUGAACCUGAGUCUGAGGUGCUUAGCUGCGAAUGCUGUGAAACGUCAUCAAAUACCUUACAAAGGAUUAGUGCCCAAGGCUUUGGAGUCUUUCAUUGAACUACACGGCUCGGGAACCAAGAGGGCAUAGUGGAUAUGUGUAUAUAUUCUUUUAAUUACGAUGAGAUAAUUAGGUGCUAAAAUGCUCAUAAGAAAUGUACAUAAUAUACUGAUAUUUAAGUUGAUUUCAAAUUAUAUUUAAUAUAUAUAUUUAACA